UUCGCCUAGUCUUCGACAGUAGUGACCUAGGCUACAAUUUCAAACGAAUAGUUAAUUUACUUUCUGAUAGCAAGAAUUAUAAUAUAAUGUCUGUCCGUGUUUUGGGUGAGGACUCGCAGUAUACGUUAGAAAUGAAUGCUGCUGGGACCAAGUUGGUUGUCGUUGAUUUUACGGCUUCUUGGUGUGGACCUUGCCAGAGAAUAGCACCUUUCUUUGAGGAGUUAGCAAGGCGAUACCCAAGAGCUGUUUUUCUAAAAGUCGAUGUAGAUCACUGCCCAGAAACUGCAGCAAGUAAUGGAGUUUCUGCCAUGCCAACAUUCAUAUUUUUCAGGAACAAAGCAAAGAUUGAUCGUAUGCAAGGAGGAAAUCCAGAAGCAUUAGAGCAAAAAGUAAAACAGCACUAUGGCUCAGAAGAUGCAGAAGAAGAUUCCACUGUACAAGGCUAUUUGGAUCUGGCAACAUUUAUAACCAAGACUGGAUGUGAAUGCCUCAAUGAGUCUGAUGACCAUCCAUUGGCCGGGUGCCUGACCAGCAAUCCUGGUUAUCUCGAAUCAGAUUGUGAUGAGCAGCUGAUUAUUUCACUUGCCUUCAAUCAAACGUUGAAGAUACAUUCAUUAAAAAUCAAAGCUCCUAAAGAUCAAGGACCAAAGACUUUGCGGUUGUUUAUCAAUCAACCACGCACCAUCGAUUUCGAUUCAGCCGAGAGUACUCAACCCACACAAGAAAUAACUUUGCAACCUGGAGAUUUGGAUGGAAACCCAGUUCUUCUACGUUUCGUCAAGUUUCAGAAUGUAUCGAAUUUGAUGAUUUUCGUUAAAGACAACCAAACCGGAACGGAGACGACCCGCAUCGAUCAUUUGGCUAUCUAUGGAUCUCCGCUCUCUACGACUAAUAUGAGUGAUUUCAAGCGGAUUGCUGGAAAAAAGGGCGAAGCUCAUUGAUUGCUAAAUUAUAAUCAUGUAAUUUCACUUUCAAUAUGGAAUAUCUUCAUACAAGGGAGACUGAAGUUCAUUUCAAAUUCAGGUGUAUCUUAAUGUUUUGUACGCACUCAGCUUUUUUCAUUUUACUUACACCAUGUACUCCUUGAUUCGAAAGAUAACCUUUUAGGAUGUCAA